CAUUUGGCUUGGCUGUUGGAUCUUCUUUGCGUUUUCUUCAUUCGUGCAGCGCCAAUCGCGCGGUGUGUGUGUUGCGUUUUUCUUAUUUGCAAAAACGGUUAGGAAAUGUCGUCGCGCCUCAAUUGCUAAUCAUUUGCCCGAAAAUGCAUUUCAACAGCAAAAAACUUUCGUGAAAAGUUAAAAAAAAUACAAAAAAAAAUAUAUAUUUGAAACGUACGAUGUGAAAAUGUGUAAUGUGAAAUUUAGCAGUUAAGCGCGGAUUGUAUGUAUUAUUUAAAUUUUUGUUUCAAUAUUUUCUACAAAAUAAUUAAAAAGAACUGAAAAAAAAAUCGAAAAAAAAACGAAAAAGAAAAAAGAAGCAAAAACAAGAAAAAGUGUUUUUUACUCAGUGCAUAUUAUAACGAAAACAAAAACAAAGCGUAACGAAAGAGAAGGAAAGAGGAAGAGGUGAAGGCGGGAGCGAGAGAGAAAAAUGUCAACGUUCUUGAACAAUUUCUUCCCGGCAGAUACGGCUGCUAUGGAUCCAAUUUUCUUCUCGCCAACGAAUGGUAUACCGUCAGAGAGUAAACUCGCAACUUAUAUGAACCGACAGAAUGUCGCCACAACGAGCGGUUAUGGGCUGAAUAACGGGUUCUCACUACUUAAUUUGGAUUCGCCCCUAAAUAAAAAGUCCCAGGUCACGCCGCAGUCGCCCGAGUUCAUUCCAACGCGCAUAAGCUCAACCCCCAACUUCUACGCACCAUAUCAGCACGCGCCCAUGCAAUUGAGUAAUGGGCUCAACGGCGUCAAUGGGUUAACAGCAGCCGCAGCAGCAGCAGCCGCCGCAGCAGCCGCCGCCGCAGUUCCCUCCUCCACAUCAUCGGUGUCCUCCGCCUCGGUGACCAUCAGUAAAACAGCCAACGGCGGCGCCUCCAUGCUCGCCCUGCAAAAGUCCGCUUCAAUCGCCACUGUCACCAUCGCACAACAGCAACAGCAUCCCCAGAAACAGCAACAGCAUCCGCCGCCAGUGGGCGGUGGAGCGGUUUCCGCCACCUCAGCCCCCAUUGCUAUCAGUGGCGCACCGCCGAAUCCCGCCGCCGCUCCAUUCGUCAGCAACAUGUCCGCCCAGACGCCGCUCAAGGGACGAAGCGCCAUGCUGCGCCAGGAAUCGCCCACGACAGCAAUGCUCUCGGGCGGAGGACCCGGUGAGAAGUCGCCACCGCAUGGGAUGACGCCACACGGAGCAUCGCCCAUACCCACAUCGCUGCCAACCAGCGUCCAUCAGGAAAACGUCGGCGGCACCAUCUACUUCUAUCCAACUGCCAACGCACAGAACAACCAGCCCGUUGUCAAUUCCGUGGUGGUGGACACAACGCAUCCGGCACACCAUGGCGUCAGUGCUGUGGCACCGAUGAGCGCGGGAGUUCCGCCGACCAUGAUGUACACGGGGCAUGUGUAUCCGGGGCCGUCCUCCAACGUGAUCACCCUGCAGCCCAAGACGCUGUUGGAGUCGGCCUUCUUUAUGCCCGACGAGAUGCGCUCCGAAAUCCUUGCCCGCAACGAGAUCUCCAACCUGAUUAUGGACGCAGCGGAGGCUGCGCAGCACGCCCUGCCGAUGGAGGUGGACAACUAUCAUGCGCUGUAUCCGCUGGAGCCGCCGGCACAGCCGAUGCACGCCAAGCUCACGCUCCCCGCCAGCACUUAUAGGGCCACGCACAACACGACGGGCUACAAGUACUGUCUGCGAAGGUUACAUGGGUUCCGCCUGCAGUCGACCAAGUGCAUGACGCUGGUGGAGAUGUGGAAGAAGCUGCAGCACACGAAUGUGGUACAAUUGCGUGAGGUGUUCACGACGAAAGCAUUUGGUGAUAACUCUUUAGUAUUAGUGUACGACUAUUAUCCCGGCUCACAAACAUUACUGGCCAAAUACUUCACACCGGCGCCAGAGACCAACGGGUACACUGAUCCAUUCCAAGGCGAGGCCCGCCCCUUCAGUCAUAAGAGUAACAUGCAGCGAACGAGCAAUGGACCACUGCUGCCGGAGGCCACCAUCUGGUCGAUCAUAAUGCAGCUGACCGCCGGCCUGAAGGCCAUCCACCAUGCCGGUCUUGCCUGCAAGGUUCUGGAUCCCACAAAGAUUAUAGUGACUGGCAAACGGGUACGGUUUAGCUCCUGCUGCAUCUCGGACAUAACGCAAUUCGAUCCGAAUGCGGCCAAUCCCUUGGCCCUGGUUAACAUGCAUCAGCAGGACGAUCUGACCGCUCUGGGUCGCUUAGUAUUAGCUUUGGCCUGUCGCUGCCUUCAAUCCGUGCAACGCGACAAUGUCCAGUCGAGCAUCGAUAUGGUCACGCGAAACUACUCCACCGAUCUGCGAAACUUCAUAGUUUACCUCUUCACCACGAAUAACCGACGCUCAGUGACCGAUCUGAUGCCUAUGAUUGGUGCCCGCUUCUAUACGCAACUGGAUGCCCUGCAGAGCCAAAUCGAUAUGCAGGAGGAUGAGCUGGCCAAGGAGAUGGAGAACGGCCGGCUGUACCGCAUUUUGGUCAAACUAAACAGCAUCAACGAGCGACCCGACUUCAAUCUGGACUGCACUUGGUCCGAGACUGGUGAUAGAUACAUGUUGAAAUUAUUCCGUGAUUAUUUGUUCCAUUCCGUCACUGAGGAUGGCCGGCCCUGGCUAGAUCACGCACACAUUGUACAAUGCCUCAACAAGCUGGAUGCUGGCUCCAUAGAGCGCGUGCAACUGAUGUCCCGCGACGAGCAAUCGGUGCUCAUCGUCUCCUAUGCUGAACUCAAGAAUUGUCUGGAGAACGCCUUCUCCGAACUGAUGUCAAGUGCGGCCAACUGAGCACCUCGAGGGUAAACAAACCGGAAACAGGAAGCAGCAAACGUGAAGCAGGAAACUGAUUCCGAUAACUGAUUCUGGAAACACGCGCAGCUCACUUAGCCACCCUCCGCACGACCACAAAGCGACUACGAUUAAACGGAUUAGCCACUAAGCGAAACAUUCAUUACGACUAAGACAUUUUGAGAACCAUAAACAAGUAAAAUACGAAGAUGUUUAUUGUUAAGCCAAACCGAAAAAGAAACGUAAAACAAACAAAAAACAAAAAAAAGAUAAGAACCGAUAUCCAAUGUUAUGUUAGCUCUUAACUAAAUUUUAGGCAUUUAAAACAAUACAAAAAGAAACAACCACAACCACAAAAAUAAAACCAACAACAAAAACUUUUUGAAAACGAAAUCUCUCCAAAAGAAAAAGCAAAAAUACAAAAAAAUGCAAACAAUACAAACAAAAAAAAACUUAAAAGCAAAAAAAUUUGAAAAAUUUGUUAAAAAAUGCAAAAAAUACAUAAAAAGGGAAAAAGAAAUCACGCGUAAGAGCCGAGAAAACAUGGAUCUAUUUUUACAGAGCUAAGAGAGGAUGAAAGUAUUUAUAAAUAUGUAUUAAAAAAUCGAAAGAAAAAAAUUGUAAAAUUUUGCAAAACAAUAAAUAACUGUAAUGACAAACAAUUGCAACAGAGCAGCAAAAUCGUUGAGCAACAACAAAAAAAUAUAAACACAAUGCAGAGUAGACGGAUAAGGAUUAUGAGAAACGUAGAGAUCGUAAGAAAGUGAACAAGGAACCACAUCAAAUGUUUAUAAAGCAUGUCUGACAAUGAUCGCCUGCCUCUUCUCCCCUACAGUAAACUAAAAAAACAAACAAAAAACAUGGCAAAGUUAAAAAACCGAAAAGAAAUGGAACAGAAUGCAAUGUGAGAGGCGCAGACGAGCAAGAACGACAACCGAGAAACGUUUUUUAUUUUUCAAACUGUGUAUUUUUUAUAGCAAAA